AUGUUGAGGCAUCCUAUAGAUUCUGAAUCUUGGAAAGAAUUUGACAAGAUAUACCCUUCAUUUGCACAAGAUGCCCGAAAUGUCCAGAUGGGUAUUGCAACUGAUGGUUUUAAUCCUUUUGGGAACAUGAGUCUAUCUUAUAGCAUGUGGCCAGUGGUACUUGUCUCUUACAAUAUGCCUCCAUGGAAGCUUAUGAAAGACCCUUACUUUAUGAUGUCAUUGCUCAUUCUAGGGCCUAAAGCACCUGGAAGAGAUAUUGAUGUGUAUUUGCGUCCAUUGAUUGAAGAAUUAAAAGAGUUAUGGGUUGAUGGUGUACAAACGUAUGAUACAGCUCGGGGAGAAUGUUUUCGUUCACAUGCUGCUGUCAUGUGGUCAAUUAAUGAUUUUCCUGCCUUAGGCAAUUUGUCAGGAUGGAGAACCAAAGGCUAUAAGGCUUGUCCUGUAUGUAAUGAGAAUACUUCAUCCCAAUUGUUGAGAAGUGACAACAUCAUUGGCACAUUAUUGAACAUCGAAGGGAAAUCAAAAGAUACUGAUAAAGCUCGACUCGAUUUGGCUAAUAUGAACAUACGCAAAGAGUUACAUUUGCAACCUCAUGGUGAUAGAUAUUUGAAAUCACAAGCAUGUUAUACUCUUACAUUAGAUGAGAGAAGACAAUUUUGCCAGUUCCUGAAAUUAGUGAAGUUUCCAGACGGGUAUGCAAGUAAUAUCUCUCGAUGUGUCAAUGUGAAAAACGGCAAGGUUCAUGGGUUAAAGAGUCAUGAUUGUCAUGUCUUGCUACAACAAUUGUUGCCCGUAGGAAUACGUCCAUUUUUGCGUCAAGAUGUUUGUACUGCACUUGUCGAUCUAUCUUACUUCUUCCAACAAAUAUGUGCUAGGACUUCGUCUAUAAAUUAUCUAAAUAGAUUGGAACAAGAUAUAGUCCCAAUUCUUUAUAAGCUUGAAAUGGUUUUCCCUCCUACAUUUUUUGAUAUUAUGGUUCAUUUGGCUGUACACAUUCCACUAGAAGCUAAAUUGGGUGAUCCAGUUGGAUAUCGGUGGACGUAUCCAGUUGAAAGGUUUUUGGGGAAAUUGAAAAAAUAUGUUAGAAACAAAGCUAGACCGGAGGGCUCUAUUGUGGAGGGUUAUAUGGUGAAUGAAGCAUUAACAUUUUGUUCAAUGUAUCUGCGGGGAAUUGAAACUAGAUUUAAUCGAGUAGAGAGAAAUGAUGACAGUUUGCAUGGACACCCAGAAGGAGUAUUAUCAGUUUUAUGUCAAAAGGCUCGUCCAUGGGGUUCAAGGAAGUUAAUCGAACUUCCACCAGAUGAAUUGCAAAAGGCUCAUUGGUACGUCUUGAACAAUUGUGAAGAACUGCAACCUUUUCUACAAGAACACUUAAAAGAGUUGGAGGCCCUAAAUUGUGAUAAUAUAUUCAAAACACCAGGACAGUUAUUUCCUAAAUGGUUUGCAGAUCAUAUGAACACUUUGCAUGUUGACAGGUGCAAUGAUACAACUAAGGAAUUGUACUUCUUAUCUUGUGGCCCUGAUUUUCGUGUUAAUUUUGUUAACAUUUGUAUUGUCAAUGGAGUUAUAUUAUUCAAGUGUAACUGGUUUGACACUAAUGCAAAAAAGAAGAGGAUACAAAAAGAUUAUCAUCUCACUUAUAUUAAUGUUGGCAAAUUGUGGUAUGAAAAUGAUCCUUUUAUACUUGCCAUUCAAGCUCAACAAGUAUUCUAUGUUGAUGAUUACAAACUUAGGACUAAUUGGAAAAUGGUUCGAAAAGCUCAACAUAGAAACCUAUGGGACGUACAAGAGAUGGAUAACACAAAUGAAGAAGAGGAGGAUAUUGUUCCUAUGCAAGAAGAUGAGUUUGACAGGGGAUAUUUCAUUAGAAAUGAUGUUGAUUCUGACUUGGAUGAUGCAACAAUUAUACAUGUUGAAGCUGAAAUAGUGGAAGAUGAUGUCAGUGUUGAUGUUGAAGAAGAAGAUGAUACGUUGAUUGAUUAUUGUACUGAUAAUGAAAAUGAUUUAAUGAGUGAUUCUGAUAACAACUUCUGA